UGGUUGCUAGUAGGCCACGCAAUUUGCAUAAAAAAACACGAGCAUCAUCUGUCGGCGUCCUGCACCUAAUCAAUUAAAGAGCUUGAUCUGCAAGACUGCAACGGCACAUAAAAACCAGGCUGCGUCAAAUAUAUGUACACACAAAUAUGAAAAUUAGUUUCGGACUCUAUUCUUAUUGACUUGAUAUUUAGCAUAACAUGGGCAGCGGCUCGGAAGCAUCAAUGGCGUACAAGCUGGAUGACGAGAUCAUGAAUCAAGUUGCUGCUAUCCGUGUUACUGGUGAAGGAAAUUUUAUUGACGCCGAGUCCCUUUUCGUUGUGGUUGAAGACAUCCUUAAGCACACCACCCCUAUUGUUGGGUACCCAAGCACCUGUGAUAAACGUUGAGGACAUGUCCCCAAGUGCCAAUUUCAGUUCCCCCUUCUGUAUACUUAAGCAGAUUUCCUGCAAGAUGGAUUGCAACGCUCCGGGUGAGGGAAAUGCACACGAAACGACACUGUCAAUACUUCGCAUGUUAUCAGACUACUCAUGGGAUGCAAGGGCCGUGAUGACACUAGCGGCUUUUGCUUUUGGGUUUGGAGAAUUCUGGUUCCUUGUGCAGUUGCAAUCUUCUGAUGAACUCGCCAAAUCAGUGGCAUCCCUGAAGCAAAUACCAGUCUUAGUAGGGCGCAUACAGUUUCAGAAACACCAGCAAGCAUUUACUGAACUUAUCAAUCUGACCAAGGGAACAAUGGAAGUGAUUAGGUGCAUUUUUGAGUUGGAGAAGCUUCCUAACUACGGUAGAGAGAAUGUACCAGCAUUGUCAAAAGCCUUGGACCAUAUCCCCAUUCAUGUUUAUUGGGUCAUCAGAACUGUUGUUGGUUGUUCGACUCAGAUGACUCGCAUCACUGGUGAUGAGUAAGCAGCAAGCAGUGGACGACCUAUCCAGCUUGGCUUACAAUCUUGACCACAUCCUCAACAAUCUUAAGAUGCAAUUCAAUAUUUGCAAACAACAAAUAGAGGCUACUGAGACUGAGGCUUAUCAGAUACUCGAGAAUCAAUUUCAAACGCACCCCACAAUCACGGAGGUGAUCAAAGCACUGUGUUAUGGCAAGAGUAAUAUGCAGCUCCUCAUUGACGGUUCUACUGAGGUUAACUUCGAUAUACUGAAGCAUAAGUACGUGCUAUUGCUUAUUUCGGGCCCAGACGUCUCCGAGAAUGAUCUUUUGACACUGAAACAGCUCCAUCAAGAGAUAGGAAAUCGUGGUAAGAUUGUGUGGAUCCCAAUUGUGGACCAGGCAACCCUCGACAUGGAAAGGAAGUUUAGAAGCCGCGGCACCGAGCUGCCAUUGUACAUUGUGCACAAAUUUUCACCUAUUCCGGGCAUCAAAUUCAUCAAGGAAGAGUGGCACUUCAGGCACGAGGCACUUGUUGUGGUGAUUAACCCAAAAGUGAGGGUAGAACAGUGUAUUUUACUGGAGCAGAUAAAGGACAUAAACUCCUUCCCUUGCUUCCGGAAGAAAAGGUUCGAUGUUCUUGUCGAUGGCAUUUCUAGAUGUGCCUGUCACUGUCUCUGUGUGCACGUACCUACCUCUAAAUGUUGUCAACGCCACUAGCGCAAAGACGAAGGAACAUGUACGAGGGGAUAAUGAUGUGGGAUAAUGUGUGUUACAUUUAUGCACACAAACGAGAUGAGCUUGACUGUGGAAAGUGCAUGGACAUGAUCGAAA